CUCAAAAGAUCUAUCUUCCUAACCAUGGCUUCUUUCCCCUCUCUCUCCUUCCUCUCUCUCUUCCUCUUCCUCACCCUCUCCUCCGCCAACCGCCGCCACCAUUCCCCUUCCCCAAAGCCGCCCUCCCACCCCACCACCACCGCCACGCCGGAGAUCCAGCAAGCCUGCAAGGCAACCCGCUUCCCCCAGCAAUGCGAAUCCUCUCUGACCGAUUCCACCCACCUCCCUCCCAACCCCACCCCCAUCCAACUCCUCCAAUCCGCCAUCGCCGUCCCCUCCAACAACCUCGUCACCGCCCAAUCCAUGGUCAAGUCAAUCCUCGACUCCUCCGCCUCAAGCCGCAACCGCACCGUCGCCGCCACCACCUGCAUCGAGGUCCUCACCAACUCCCAGCACCGCAUUUCCCUCGCCAACGACGCCCUGCCACGUGGCAGGACCAAGGACGCCCGUGCGUGGCUGAGCGCCGCCCUCGCCUACCAGUACGAUUGCCGGAACGGCCUCAUGUACGCCAACGACACCCGCGCCGUCGGCGAAACGAUGACGUUCCUCGACUCCCUCGCCGUUCUCUCCAGCAACGCGCUCAGCAUGGCGUUCUCCUACGACGUCUUCGGAAACGACACCGCCUCGUGGAAACCCCCGCAGACGGAGCGGGACGGGUUCUGGGAAAACUCCGAGUCGGCAACCGGUUCGGGACCCAAUUCCGCCGGAGGGAUCCCGACGAAGUCGGCGCCGGACGUUACGGUGUGCAAGGGAGGAGGAAACGGAUGUUACAAGACGGUGCAGGAGGCGGUUAACGCGGCGCCAGAUAACGACGGUGGAGCAGCGAAGAGGUUCGUGAUAUACAUAAAAGAAGGAGUUUAUGAAGAAACCGUUAGGGUUCCGUUAGAAAAGAGAAAUGUAGUGUUCUUAGGUGACGGAAUGGGAAAAACGGUCAUCACCGGGUCGGCAAACGUGGGCCAACCCGGAAUGUCAACCUACAAUUCUGCCACAGUUGCGGUUCUUGGUGAUGGAUUCAUGGCUAAGGAUCUCACAAUUGAAAACAGAGCAGGUCCUGAUGUGCACCAAGCUGUGGCUUUUAGAUCAGACAGUGAUCUAUCUGUGAUUGAGAAUUGUGAAUUCUUAGGGAAUCAAGAUACUCUUUAUGCUCAUUCACUACGCCAAUUUUACAAAUCAUGCCGAAUUGUGGGGAAUGUGGAUUUCAUCUUUGGGAACUCUGCUACAAUUUUUCAAGAUUGUCAAAUUAUGGUUCGUCCCAGACAAGUGAAACCAGAGAAGGGAGAGAACAAUGCCAUAACGGCGCAUGGCAGGACUGACCCUGCACAGGCUACGGGCUUUGUUUUCCAGAAUUGCUUGAUUAAUGGCACUGAGGAUUAUAUGGCUUUGUAUCGAAGCAAGCCUCAGGUGCACAAGAACUACUUGGGUAGGCCAUGGAAGGAGUAUUCUAGAACAGUUUUCAUUCAUUCAAUAUUGGAAGCACUUGUCACACCUCAGGGUUGGAUGCCAUGGAGUGGUGAUUUUGCGCUCAAGACACUUUAUUAUGGGGAAUUUGAGAAUUCGGGACCUGGUUCUGAUUUGUCUCAGAGGGUACCAUGGAGUAGCAAGAUCCCCGCUGACCAUGUGCUCGCCUAUUCAGCUCAGAAUUUCAUUCAAGGGGGUGAUCGGAUUCCAUCAUCUCAGUCAUUAGGCCAUCGUCGUACGAAAAUUCACAGGCAUCAUUAAAUGGGGGAGUUCUAUUCACCACCCCCUUUGUAAAUGACUAGAGUUAUUAAUUAUAAGGGAAAUGAUAGCCCACCCUUAGAAUUUAGUGUUAAUUUUUUUUUAACCUAUAUAGUACUAUAUCAUGUAACAUGAGAUUAGUAGAAUCCUAAU